CCGUCACGUGAUAGGAAAAUUUUUUGCGGUGUUAUGAGGCAAAAAUGGCCGAGACAAACGAAGGACACAGCAUAAACACAGGCGAAACUGCGCCUUUAUUACAGGAUCACAACGAAGAAUUGAAUGAAAAUGCUUCUGACAAUGGAGCGGUACCCCCAUAUACAGUUGCCUCCCCACCUCCAUACACAGACGAACCUCCCCCCUAUACACCCUCGGCCCUGUACAACACAGACCCAACAAUCGUCUGCCGGGUAUGUCAGCAGCUAAUACCUAUCAGAGGACGAGAAAACCAGCGUGUCAUAAAAUGUUCAAACUGUCAAGAGGCAACUCCAAUCAAACCACCACCAGAAGGAAAAAAGUACAUCAGAUGUCCAUGCAACGCUUUGUUGACAUGUAAAGUCACGUCAACCAGGAUUUCCUGCCCACGAACCGACUGCAAACGUAUCAUCACGGUUGGUUCUGCUGUACCAAGCACGUCACAUGUCAUCAUCUCCAGUCCAAAUCUCGCGCAUGAGAUGAGAGUACGCGUCAGUUGUGGGCAUUGUAAUGAAAUAUUUGUUUUCCGAAAUACAGCACAUUUGGCUCGAUGUCCGCAUUGCCACAGAAUCUCUUCAGUUGGGUCAACAUUUGCAAGAAAUAGAGCUUUGGUGUUUGCAAUGAUUGGCCUGCUAUUCUUGGCUGUUGGAGUUGGAGUCACAGUUGCCACAAUGGAAAUGGCCUCGAAAAAUGGAGGUAUCUAUGUUGUCUGGGUUGGUGCAUUUAUUGCUGGUCUAUUAAACCUUAUUCGAAGUUGUUACUAUUGCACAAUGACUGUAAGCCAGACGGAAGGACCAAUUUAACAUUCAACUUGUGUGUAUAAAUGUUUUGACGUCACUGCCCGAGGCAGUUGCUACCUUUGUACAGAUUGCGAUGACACAUUUUAUGAAUUUUUUAUAUAACAAAAUGAAAUGGCAUCCUGGAUUUUUUAACAAGUUUUACAAUAUGCUGGAUUUACCUAAUCGGAAAUAUAGGUGGUCAGCAUUGUAAAUAUGUUGGGAUCAUGAAAUUGAAUUUUGUCUAUUGGCUCAAAAUUCAAUAAAAUGAUGCUUUUGCCUGAUAACUAGUGCAAGCCAUACUCAUAUAUAGUAACAAACUCAUACUCAUUUAAACACUUAAUGAUCUGAAAACUGAUAAUUCACUUUGAAAAUUUUAACUGUGAACAUACACGUAUUUUCACUCUGGUCGGCAGAUGUAUCAUGAACAAAAUCAUAAUAUAUAGUAAUAUGUACGUGACAGUCUACAGUUGCUUGCAAAACUUGCUGUAAAAAACAUUUUAUUCUGUUUAGUUUUUAUUGUAGCAGAAGUACUAGAAGUAUUAAAUUGACGGCGCACAAUA